GGAAGUCGCCAAAAGUCGGCGCGUAAUGAUGACGACAGAGAGGUCAGCUGUGGUUUUUCCACCUUUUAGCUAACGUGCUUCUCUAAAGGCUUGGAACUUGAAACACCUGUACUCUCACUCAGUUAUGGCUUUGAACCAUCUGAGUCUGCUGCGAGCUCCGCUCUGUCAGUCCCUCAUGCGACAGGUCAGGUCUCCCCUCGCGGCUGCCACCAGGGUCAGCACACCACUACUGUGCCCCAACACCGCCUGCAGCCCGGCUGCAUGCACCAGGUUCUACGCCACCAAGAAGGCAAAAGCCAAGGCAAAGGGCCAAUCAGCUAAGGUGAACAUUAAUUCAGCACUGGUGGAAGACAUCAUCAGUCUGGAGGAAGUGAUGGAAGACAUGACCGCCGUUCUCAAUAUGCUCAAAGAUGACUUCACACGCAACCUCAGCAUCCGAACAUCACUAGGAGUUCUAGAUCACAUUGUGGUGACGACUCGAGAUGGAAAAUUUCCUCUCAAACAGCUGGGUCAGAUCUCCAUGAAAUCACCACAGCUCAUUAUGGUCAACAUGAGCAGCUUUCCCGAGGCUACAGCGGCGGCUGCCCAUGCCCUGAGAGAGAGCAGCAUGAACCUAAACCCAGAAGUGGAUGGGACGAUCAUCAAGGUUCCUGUUCCCAAAGUAACACGGGAACACAGAGAGAACCUUGCCAAGCUGGCCAAACAGUUCAGCAACAAGGCUAAAGACUCGCUGAGGAGAGUCCGAAGUAACGCUGUUGCACAGGUCAAAAAGGCCAAGGAAGGGCACUCAGAGGACACCAUACGACUUGUUGAAAAACAGAUUCAGCAGAUGGCAGACAACAUUGCAGCAGACAUGGACAAACAACUUGCAGCCAAGACUAAGGAGCUACUAGGCUGAAGGCGGUGAUAAGAUGAAAUGUGCAGGUUUAUUUUUGAUAUCGCAUCAUUCGAUUAUAGCUGAACUUGGAACAGAGGGUCGCUCUUAUCGUUCUGAAAAUGGAUGGAUCACACUGGGGUGGUAGUUUCUGAAACCCACAGACAUACAAGUCUUUGUUCUCUAGUACAUUUUUGGGUUCACCUGAUCUCGUCGCUGCUGGGUGAUACUGGUGUUUAACCAAAUUUGGAACAGCCCAGGUUGCUAUUCCUGUCUUCAAACAAACAUCAAGCAAGGGCCGAAUGAACUUUUAAUGAGAUUUGUGGACCUCCUCCUAAUCAAACCUCUUGCAUGAUGGCUGUUUAUAAAAACAAGUGCAUCCUUCUGAAUGUAAACUGGCUGCGGGUUUGUCUCGGCGGCAAGAGUGAGAGAGGCGCAGAAGCUGAUUAAAACGAGAUCAUUGCCAAACAUUUGUUUCACAUUGCCUCAAAGUUUGUUAAAAAUGCACUUCAGAGUAUAAGGUCUUUAAAUUAUGCUCAUGUCUAGGAUCGAUAAUAUGGCUACCUGCUUUUCAACACAGUGAAGUAGCGUUAUUGAUGGGUUCCAUUAAAGAAACACUGCUUUGCACCAUGUGCAUCAUCUUUCUUUCUCGUUUUCUUUUCUUUUUUCCUCCACUUUCGGUUUGAAGUCUCCCCCUCCUCCAUUAGUUAGAGUGAUAAUGGACUUUUCCUGUGUACAGACCUCGAGGCCCUGCCUGCUGGCGCCAUAAUUGUCCAUUAGGAAAGAGGCUUUUAAUGUUUUGCACUUGGCCUUUUUUUGUCUUUAAAUAGCUGCACUUUUAAAGCCAUGGUCAGGAACUGUAGCAUGAGCAGUUGCUGAAACCUGCUCAUUAGCCAGAACAGGAGACCGACCCAGUGACACACACAGCUCUGCUUCUAUCCAUGCCUUGUUUACACCAGCCAGAGACUUUCUGUACUGUUAUGUGGUUGGUGUCAUUUUUUAUCCUGAUUUGUUUUGCUUCCCUGCUACUGGUGGCAGACAGGCUUCAUUUUAAAUGUUUGCCCACACACUUUGUCUUACAGCCACCCAGUCAUUUGAUGAUUACAGUGGUGCAACAUUGCAAACUGCUAAUUACAUCUUUAUCAAAAUGCUGUCUGGCUUCUUUAAAACAGAGACAAUAGAAGAUUAGUGACGCUGGGGAUUUUAUGGUGGUUUUACUCAUCUUCACUGCUACAUGGCAGCUGCACUAAGUCGCACACUACAGAUUGUGGCUUUAUUACAUUUGCCUUGAACCUCUGUUUUUGCUUUAAUGGCCUAAAUAGACCAGAGUCAUUUGAUAAACAAGAGUUUUGC